UUUAUUUGUGCCUUGAAUAGGACUGCUUGUGUUCGGGCGCAUUGCAUAGAACGCGAUUAUUAUCGACAUCUGUCAAAUCUUCAAUUUUACGUGUUUUGUGGUAGAGAUGGUGGAUUUUUAAUUGUUUUACUGUGCCGGUGCGAAUUUACUCAGUGUUCAGUUAAACUAAGCCUUAUAAUGUUUGGAAUUUGUGAUUCUGUGUUUUGUGUAUAGCAGGCUCGUAGCCAAAGUGGCGUUUGUGGAUUGAGGAUCACACACUUGCUUAUUUGGAUUAAAAAUACUCACAAAACCCGGUCGCCAUGUUCAACUUCAUGAAGAAGUCGACCGUCCUCGCGGGCGACCCGGGGGGCUGCGAGGAGCGGGACGGGGAGAAAGAGAGACGGAAGAAGGAGAAGAAAGAGAGGAAGGAACGAGAGAAGCGGGAGAGGAUAGCUGCGGGGCUCGAGGAGCCGCUGAGGCUUGAAGAGGUUCGACGAUCUCUGAAACUACGAGGCAGACGCAAAGAAAAAGAGAAACUCCCCUCCGGCAUCACAGCUGACUACACCGCUUCAUUAUUCGCGCAUCUCGAGCAAGACUCCAAUUACUCUAACUACCCGCUAAUACCCACCUCGGGAUCUAACUCCAAUCUCAGCGACGAAAAUAACCAUCUUUCUCCCGGAUACCCCACCACGCAUGUUUGGAAUAGAAAGGAAGGCGUUCUUCAGUCGGACAGCUCCGAGACGUCGCUGAACUCUCUAAACAAUCCCAAUAACGCCAACAGCAGCCCGCGGCAGCCGCAAGUACUACCUCCCAUUCCACCCAGACCACCAAAGCGUGGCAUACUUAAAGGGCCCCGACUUAGCAAUACUAGUUCUAAUUCCCAAGAAAGUAACAUACCAACCGUUGACACCGUCGAUUACGUCAACGGCCAAGAUUCCAAUGUACUAGCGCGUAAUACGCAGCAAAACGAAGUAAUUUCGUACGGUAUACCGCCGUCUAAAAGCACUUCAUCUAGCGAUGAUAUGCAGCAAGUUCAAAACUUUACUAAAAAGGUCAUCCAUAGUCCAGUUGAAAAUCAAGUCAAGAACAAUUACAAGAACGGUGGCAACCCAUCUAUCACCACUCAGGACAUGGAUGAGUUGCCGAAAACGAAUGGUAGCAGUUACUUAGGUGUCACAUCAACAUCUCCAAGCGCUGAUUCGUUGACGGACACGACUACUAAUUCAUCAUUCGCUACUCCGCCCUUUUCUACAUCUCCUGUGGGCGAAUCUCAGGGCUUCCAUAGAUGGUCACGGACAAGCAAUUUCGAAGACGUUUAUCUGCCUUUACCAUCCUUAAAACCGCUGCAGCUUCCUAAACCAAGAUUGCUGACAAUCCAAAGACAGAAAGCUCCAAGAAACGACUUCGGGUUUAGUCUUCGCCGCGCGGUGGUACAAGAAAGAGUUUUCAGCGGCGAUUGUAACGGCCACGAAGAAAAUGGACUGACCAAUGGUGAUAACAAAUGCAACGGCAACAUUACUAGUGCCGUUGCUAGCAAAGUUAUACAGAAAGCUGUGAUACUCGCAGAGCCAGGGUCGUACCCUGGAGCCAGUGAGUCGGGCUUGCUGCCUGGCGAUAGACUUCUGGAAGUCAACGGGGUUAACGUGGAAGGCAAGAGUCGCGAGGAAGUUAUAGACCUUAUCAAAAGCAGUCAAGAUUCAGUCACUAUCAAGGUCCAGCCAAUAGCUGAGCUGUCAGAGCUGUCGCGAAGAAGGGCGGUGGACGGCGGUGGCGAUGUCGAGCUUUCGGACAGCAACGUCCGAGGUGGCACGCUCAGCCGCUCCGGCAGCCGACGCUUCACCAGCACCCAGGCAAAAUCAGAAGAGCAGUUAGCAUGCGAGAAAGAAUGGCUGAAAGCUGGGCACAUGUGGCUCGCACACCGAGGCGGGUUCACUGCCGUAGUGCGAGAGGGGGACGCCGACGCCGGCCGUGCCAGAGUGAGGGUGCUGCAGACUGGGGAGGUGCUCACUGUCGAUGAAGAUGAUCUGGAGAAGGCCAAUCCGCCGCAGAUGGAACGCUGCGAAGAUAUAGCUUCACUACGCUGCUUGAACGAGUGCGGCGCUCUAAACGUGCUACGUUCGCGUCACGCCGCCGGGCUACCUCACGCCCGCGCGGGCCAUGCACUCCUGGUCCUUGGGCCGCCUAAGCGCAGCUCACCGAUUUAUACUGAGAAGGUGGCAGCGAUGUUCCGCGGCUGCCGUGCCGACGACAUGCCACCGCACAUAUUCGCGGCAGCACAGUCUGCCCAUCGUUGCAUGUUGGCUUCGCGGCGUGACCGCGCCAUCGUCUUCACUGGGAGGUCGGGAUCUGGCAAAACACUGGCCAUGCGGCACUGUAUCUGGUACUUAGCGAGUGCGUAUCCAGCUCAAGGCUCCAAGCUCACACCUGAACGGCUGAGCGCAGCAAUGGAUAUACUGCAUAUGUUUGGAUCGUGUCGCACGGGCUCCAAUCCUCACGCGUCGCGCGUGGUAUCUCUGGUUUCCCUGGACUUCGAAGGUGGAGGCGCUCUAGUGUCAGCCUCCGUACAGACCUUACUGCUGGACCUGCGGCCUGGCCGGUCUCGGCUGACCGCCUUGCAUACACUGUUCCACGGUUGCGACGGCCGCCUUCGCCGCGAACUACUCUUCGACCAAGCGCCCGUCAACGCUCCCAACCCCUUCCUCACGUCGAGCGAGAAAGCCGACGCUCCUGCUGACUUCUCAGCAUUGAAGGAAGCCUUCCAGUUACUAGGAGUUACUGAACAAGAGCAGAUGGCUGUGUGGAAGAUACUGGCUGCUAUCUGCCAUCUGGGAUGGGCUGGAGUCGUCAAAGCGAACUCCGGUUCAGGCAUGAAGUACCAGUUCGGCAACGCGGGCCUAGCGGCGCGAGUACUCGGCGUGACUGCCGAAGAGCUUACUAGAGCUGUGUUUGUCGCCACCGGCCCUUCGUCGCCACAGCCUAACAACAACCUCAGAACUCCGUCUCCAUCCACUGAGAGGGAGAUAUCUGGCGCCGAAGCCCUGGACGCCUUCGUCACUGGCCUCUACAAUGAGACCUUCAACAUCAUCGCUGCACUGGUCAACAGGAGCAUCUCUACAUCAGCACGAACGUCAGCAUCUCUGCUGCUUUUGGACGCGCCGGGCGCUGACAACCCCAUGUCUUCGGUCCACCAGAGCGGCGCUCCGCUCUCCAAACUGCUCUCCAACUAUCUACAGGAGCGUUUGCAAGCAGUCUUCCACGAUGCCAUGCUGGUGGCGCCACGGGAGCGCUACGCACAAGAAGGCAUCACACUGGACGACGGGGCUGAAGAAGAUUGGCUGUCGGAGACAGUGAACCCGGGACCGAUGGUGGAACUCCUCGACAAGUCUCCGCAGAACUCGAUCGUGCGCAGCUCGCAAGCCGACCUGCGCGAGUGCGACCGCCGGGGACUGCUAUGGCUCUUGGAUGAAGAAUCAAUGUAUCCUGGCUCCUCCGAUGACACAUUCUUAGAGCGAGUGAUGACGCACUACGGGCCCCCGAACCAAACUCAGUACCUCAUCAAGAAAGCACCUCACGCACGGCAGUUUGUUCUGCAGCAUCUCCAGGGCACAAAUCCUGUCCUGUAUGACGUCACUGGCUGGGUGAAGGCGAGCCGAGAAAACCCUGUGACGAAGAAAGCGCUCACGUUGCUGCAAGAAAGCCAAACCGAGGAGAUUGGCCGCCUGUCGGGCUGGGCGCGCGGCGCAUGCGGCGUCGGCGCUUGCGCGUGGAGCUCGGCCGUCGGCGACAACGCCACGCUGCGCCGCGCCUCGUCUAUUCGACGCACGCUCACCGCAGGAACAGCGGGCAUGAAAAGGCGCUCAACAGCUCUACAAGCCAAGUUCGUAGCAGACGGAAUAGUUGACACAUUACGUCGCUGCGGCGCCGGAGGCGUGCAAUUCGUAUGCUGCCUUCUUACGGCCCAGCCAAACGACCAGAGCGAUGAUGUCAACGUGCCACUACUGCGAUCGCAGUUCCGUGGCUUCCAGCUUCUGGACGCGGCCCGCCUCUACAAGCAGGGCUUUCCGGAGCACAUGCCGCUCUCAGAGUUCGCAAGAAGGUACCGCCUCCUCGCAACAUCAGAAAGCGAAUCAGAAGAGGCACCGCCCUCAACACCCCUGUCGGAUCGUCAGGUCGUGGACGAUAUGCUCCUAGCUCUGGACCUAGAUGUGACCAGCUACAGACUCGGGCUAACUCAGAUCAUGUUCCGCGGCGGCGUCGUCGGCGGGCUGGACGCGCGCCGCGACGCUGCGCUGGCGCGCGUGCUCGUCCGCCUGCAGGCGCGCGCGCGCGGGCUGCUCGCGCGGCGGCGCGCGCAACGCCUGCGCACGCAGCACACCGCCGCGCGCUGCGUGCAACGCAACGUGCGCGCGUUCCUCGCUGUGCGUGACUGGCCGUGGUGGCGGCUGCUGGUGCGAGUUACACCGCUGCUGGCCGUGCAUAGGACUGAACACCGACUCAAGCAAGCACAGGAAGAGCUGGAGACCCUGCGAGCUAAACUGGAUAAGGUGGAAAACGAACGCACACACUUCAAGAAUGAAAACGAAAGGCUCGAAACAAAGCUGUCGGAGGUGGGCGGUGAUUUGGCGGAGGAGCGCGCGGCGGCGGCGCUCGCCACGGAGCGUGCCGACGCCGAGGCGGCGGAAAGACUCCGCAUUGAACGGGACAACCGAGAUCUGCUCGCUAACAACCAACGGCUGCAGCAGGCAUCCGAACGUCUGGAACUGGAGCUCCUGCACUGGCGCUCAGCCGACAACGGAGGCGCCGAGCCUUCAGACUCCGAGGGUUCAGAGGCAGACGCCGCAGCCAACGGAGACAAGUACAAGAGGAGAUACGAGCAGGCUCACAGGGAGCUGCAGUUACUGCGGGCACAGCUGCGUCGGCAGCAUGAGGACGACCUCGAGCAACUUGUCACGGUCAAGAAGCAACUCGAGAAGAAGGUGCAAGAUGCGUAUGAGGAAGUGGAGGAGCAGAGAGCAGUGGCCGCGCAGUGGAAGCGAAAGCUACAAAAGCUGACCAACGACAUGGCCGACCUGCGGUCACUACUCGACGAACAGACCUGCCGCAACAACUUGCUCGAGAAGCGCCAGCGCAAGUUCGACGCCGAGCUCCACGGAGCGCAGGAAGAGCUGAAGAGAGAACGAGCUGCCAAGGAGCGCCUCUCGCGCGAGCGCGACCUCGCGCACGCCGACAAGUACGCGCUGGAGCAGAGCCUCUCUGAAGCUCGGCUAGAACUCGAGCUGAAAGAAGAACGCCUGACGGCGGCGCAGCGCGAGUUGGAAGAGCGUGGCGGCGGCGGCGACGAAGUAGCUGCUCUCAGGAGGACCAGGGCUGAGCUGGAGCGAAGAGUUCGCGACCAGGAGGAGGAGUUGGAUGACCUGGCUGGACAGAUACAGUUGCUGGAAAGUUCCAAGUUGCGUCUAGAAAUGUUGCUGGAGCAGCAACGCAAGGAAGCCCGCCUGGAGGCGGCCGCGCGAGAUGACGAGAUGGAGGAAACUCGUGCCAAUGCCUCGAAGAAACUCAAGAUCCUGGAAUCUCAACUGGAGAGCGAGCACUCAGAACGCAGUCUGCUCCUUCGUGAGAGACACGAACUAGAACGGCGGCUAGCCGCUUUAGAAGAGAGCGCACGCGCAGAAACCGUCGAGCAGACGCAGCUAGUGCAGCGGCUUAAGAGAGACCUGAAGCGGUACCGCGCUUUGCUCCGCGACGCUCAAACCAUGUUGGAACAGAAGGAAAAGGAGGGUGGCGCCAAAACACAGAUCAGACAACUUAAAAACCAGGUGGAGGACCUGGAGCUAGCGGUCCGCGCAGCCACGAAGGCGAAGCAAGCGGCCGAGGCAGAGGCGAGCGAGGCAACAGCCGCGCUCGAGGAGGCAAAUCGCGCGCGCAACGAGGCGGCCGAACGCGCGCUCACCGCUACCAGAGAUGCGGCCACGGCGCGCGCUGCGCUGGAUGAUGCUGAGGAAGAGGCGGCUGAGUUGCUAAAGAAAUACCGCGGCAGCACCAGCGCACUAUGCGCGGCGCAAGCCGAAGCGCGCGAGGCAGCCGCCAAGGCCGAGGCGGCCACAGAGGAGGCGAGGCAAGCGCGAGACAAGCUGGCCGAGCUGGCCCAGCGCCUCGCCAGCGCCGAGGCGGGACACUCGCACACGCAACACGAGGCGGAGCGGCGGCUGCAGCUUAGGAACAAGGAGCUGGAGUCUAGCUUAGAACUGGAAGCGACAUCGCGCGCGCGCCUCGAAGGGCAGCUGGCGCGGCUGCGCGACGCGCACGAGCAACUCGCUAACGAGUUAGCACAAGCGAGGGCGCGCGAGCAGCAGGCCGCCGACGACCAGCGCAAGCUGGCCAGGCAACUUAGAGAGCUGAAAGAAGAAAACUCAGCGUUAAACGCAAAGUUAAGCGAGGCGGGUCGCGCCAAGUGCGUCGCCGAGGCAGCAGCCGCCGCCGCGGCGAGCGAGGCAGCCGCCGCAAGGGACGAGGCAAGACUCGCCGCGAGGCGAGCGCAUGCCCUGCAGGAGGCUAUCGCGGGAGACUUGUCUAGCCCUGGAGAUGAUGUGCCCUCUGAUAGUGACAACGACAGCUACAGCUCGGACGAGUCAAUCGGCACGUUCCUGGCGAACCACAAGCUGAGCCCCUCCGCGCCCUCGCGCAACAGCAUGCAGCUCGACUCGCACAAGUCGGGGACCCCAGAGGGACGCGCGUCGCGCUCGAGCGCGGGCUCAGGCUCGAAGCCCAUCAGCCCCACCAAGGAGUCGUUCGCAUAACCCGCGCCCGCCGCCGGCGCCGGCGGCCUGCUCGGCGCGCUGCCCGCGCUCUGCGCCGCCUUCUGCGCGCGCCCCCGCCCAUCACUACACACCGUGCUGGACUAGACGACACACACAGUUGCAAUUGUCAAUGUUUAUCCCACUUCUGAUAUCUUAGAAGGGAUAUCCCACUUCUGUCGCAUGAAGGGAAAAAUCCCACUUCUCAUUUGUUAGAAGGGAUAUACCACUUCUGAUAUCUUGAAGAAAAUAUUCCUCUUUUGAUAUUGCACACUAUUCUGCCUCUACAUGUGCCUUUGCUUUGAAAUUUAAAAGAUGUGAUCAUGCAAAGGCUCCGCAGUACACAUAUAUUCUGCUUUCAAGGUGGAAAGUGCGACUAUUAUAAAAUUUACCCUAGUGUCUAAAAUAUACAGACUUUUGAAGAGUAAACUGACAAAAUUAUAACAUCAUCAGAUGAAUGAUCUAUAAUAGCAUUUACAAUUGCGAAUGUUAUGUGUCUGUGUCAAAUAAAGUGAACCGUCACAGACGUCACAGUGCCGUGAAAAGACAAUGUUUAACGUAUAUUAGUGUCGAAUUGAAUAAAGUAUUAUUAACAGUGCUUGGAAUUACAGUAUCGAUUAGACUGCUCAACUUUAUAAACUUUUUCAAAAUCUUUUAUAUGAGCUUUGAUAUACACAAUAGCCUAAAUGAAUUUGUAUCUUUAACACAUUUUGAUAUUAGGAACAAUAUUUAUACAGCGUGAGUGAUGUGCCCGAGAAGUAGAGAAAAAUUGAAUUGAAUGCAUUCCAGAAUAUUUAUUAUCUUUAUUCUUCUUGGCGCGGCCACACACUGUCUCUCUGUAGCCACACUGUAGUUCGACCCUAUAUGUAGUUUCCCAUAGAGAAUUUGGUCUAUGAGUAAUGUUGUUGAGCUGCGUGCGACCAGCCAGUAUUUAGACACAUAGAGGCGAGAUCUUACAAAGUAAUGUUAGGUUCUUUGUUAUUUAGUUAGCUAACUUUUGUAAAUAACUAGAUGGCAUAAACAUUUUAUUAUUUAAUUUGUAAUAUUUGUGUGAUCAGACUGUUAUUCUAUGAUUUAUUUGUUACAAGUGAGUUGUUACUUUAUGAACAAUCAAACAUAUCUGUUAGGUAAAUAGAUUUUUUUAUUUGUCCUUUUUGACUGGUUUGUUUUACUUAUAAUUUUAAAUGAAUUAAAUCUAGUGAAUGUAUCCAUUAUAAAUCGUUAUAUAUUCCUCAUAAUAAUUAUAAUGAUUAUACUCCAUUACUUCUAAAAACUUCAUUCUAUUUAUACUUAUGUAGCUACGUGUCUGUAACCAUGAUAUGUGUAAAGUAUGAUAUGUGAUGAAAUGUUACUGCAUUCAAUACUGGUUGUAAAGUGAAACUAUUUAAAAUAAAGUAACAGAAAUAAAUUA